GAAACGAUCGUCCAGCAUGAGGACAUCAACCGUCUGCGCAGACUGCUGGAUAUCAGACCCGAGAUAAAGUCACACCGAAUCGGUAUGAAAACCUGUGAUGGUCCCAGUGACGCAUGUAGGAUCUGAUCAGAGCUCCGUUUGUAGGCUAACAGUGAAAUCACGGAGCAGCUAAUAACACAGCUGCGUCUCCUUAUUUAAACGAUAAACUUUUAGCACUAAACGAACAGGGAGACAGGAGGACGCGACUUCCACAACAUUUCUUUACAGAUUAAAAAGAAAGCUUCUGCUUUCUGCAGUGAGCCACAGCUCGCUGUCUGCUUUCGUCUCUCUGUCCCUCACUCCGCGGCUACACGGCAGUCCGCUGCCGCCUGUGGUGCUCCUCACCUCCGCCUGCGCACGCAGACUUCCCGAGGUGGAGGCAGGCCGGCAGGGACCGCCGGUUUCCUUUGAGAGAAGAGCUUUACGGUCUAAUCAGGUCAUAACUCCCUGCCAGACCACCACCUCCCACAGCAACAUGAAGUGUGAGGAAGAGGAGGGUCUGGAUGACCAGCAGGUCUGUAACCAAGAGAGGAACUCCAGUCUGGACCAGGAGGACCCAGAACCUCUACAGAUUAAAGAGGAACCGGAGGAACUCUGCAUCAGUCAGGAGGUGGAGCAGAUCGUAGUGAAACAGGAGGACGAAGGCUUUGUUUGGACCGAGGAAGAGCGACUCAGACUCCUGGAUAACAUCUGGAAACCUGAAAUGAACUUCCAUGGCACAGAUUUCCAACAUGAGUGUGAGGAGCAGUUGGUUCUCGCAGACCGGCAGGUCUGUAACCAGGAGAGGAGUGUCAGUCCAGACCAGGAGGAUCCAGAGCUUCCACAGAUUAAGGAAGAACCGGAAGAACCCUGCACCAGUCAGGACGUCGAUGGGCUUAUCCUGAAGCAGGAGACUGAAGGCAUUAUUAUCUUUAUGGUGGCUCCUACUUAUGAGGAAAGUGAACCAGACCUGGACAGUGACCAGCUCCUUCCUUACAGCUCUCCUGAACCAGAGAGCCGAGAUCAGGAAGACAACUUUCCCGUGUUAGAGAGUCAGUGUAAAACUGACACAAGCAAAAAGUCUGUAAAAUGUGACAUUUGUGGAAAAACAUUUGAGUAUAGAUCCAAACUAACUAGACACAUGAGAGUUCACACAGGUGAGAAGCCACAUUCUUGUAGCACCUGUGGGAAAAGAUUCAGUCUGAUGAUAAACAUGAAAACUCACAUGAGAAUCCACACGGGUGAGAAGCCGUAUUCUUGUGGCAUCUGCGGGAAAGAAUUUCGGGACCAAUCGACGUUCAAAAAACACAUGACCGUCCACACAGGUGAGAAGCCUUACUCAUGUAGCACCUGUGGGAAAAGUUUCAGUCAGAAACCAACAUUGGAAAGACAUCAGAGAAGCCACACAGGUGAGAAGCUACAUUCUUGUGGCACCUGUGGGAAAGAAUUCAGUCAGAUGAUAAACUUGAAAACUCACAUGAGAAUUCACACAGGUGAGAAGCCUCAUUCAUGUAGCACCUGUGGGAAAAGUUUCAUUCAGAGGAUACAGUUACAGAGACAUGAGAGUUCACACUGGUUAAAAGUAUCACGCGUGUAAAAUGUGGCAGAGCUGUGAGAUGCAAGAGUUCGUUGAGAAGCCAAAUUAGUGCCACGCCUGAGUGAAAAGAUGACCUCAUAUUCAGGUCAUAUAUUUUCUGUGUAGAACAAUAAAGAACCAUCAGUAUUGUUUAUUGUAUUCAGAGGUGGUUGACAUAGCCUCAGUUAUUUCACAGGCCCUUUUUCCACUGAUCGGGUGCUGAUGUCAGUAUUUGAACCGUUCAGUGGUUUUCCACUCACUCGGUGCUCGGCUGAAAACGGGUUCAACUCCAGCACUGCAAGCUAGCUGGUUUGGAACCAAGAAUAGGUGACACACAGCAGAAGGGCGUGACUCUUCCAUCUCAACGUAAA